AAUUUUGUAGCAUGCGUGUGUUACAAACACCAUUGAAUAACAACACAUCAGUGUUAUAAGCUGUGCUGCUAAGGCUGAAAGUCUCAGCUUGUCCCCUGUAUAGUCCUUACCCAGAACCACGAGCGUGGUUACCUUAUGCUUGCUCUGUACCUUUAGUUAAGACAUUGACAAAUGCUAUUCUGAUUCUGUAGGCUAUAUCCAAGAUUCCUACCUUAUCGUAAAAGCUAUGCAAACUCAUAUUUUAGAGAACUGAAAGUUAGUUCUGUUAGUUCUCAGCAGGUCUUUAUCUUAUCUUGAAAGUGCUGAGAGGGUACAUUUGCUAUCAUCCAAGAAUUUGUAUAAUUUUAUAUGAAGUGCGCAUGUGCAGUGACAAAAGGUGAAAAGUAUACUCGUGAUGAAGACUACUUACUUCAUCCUGAAGACCCCCUGAACGACCACCAGAGGACACUGCGCAUGCUUAGGGUAGUUCCAAGGUGUUGCAACUGAUAUUGUGAAAUAAUUGUGUAACCUAAUGAAUAUGCAAUAUACACGUUGUAACUUUAAUGAAUAUGUAUGUAACCAAAUUGUAUAAAAUGGUGAAGUUUGAAUCAGUGGUUGGAACCAGCUUUGGGUGCGAGCCCCUGGUUUCCCAGCGCUGAAAUAAAGCACCGCAUAUAACUACGCCCGUGGUUAUGUGUCCUGAUUGCUAACAUUUUGGCGACCCAGAUGGGACCUCGCGAGCAUUGCUGAGGCGGAUCGCGUCUCGAUCCUGCUCCAGCUAGCACCGAGGUAUUCUUGGGGAGCACAUCGGACGCGACCGACCUUCUGCUGCUCACGACGGACCUCUGACUGGACGAGAUUUGUUGACUAAAUUAGAUGCCACGAUAACAUUUGAGGAUGGAAAUUUGGUAAUGAAAGUCCCGGAGUCAAAGGUAGGACAAAUUUUACUAUUAAAAGAAAAUCCAAUUGUAAAAAUACCGCAGGCAAUAGAAGAUGCAGUGAUUCCCACGGUAUGGGAAGCUGAUAUACCUGGGAAGUCAAAGGCAGCUAAACCUGUGAAAGUAGAGCUGAAGGAAGGUGCUGAACCGGUACGAUUAAGACAGUACCCAUUGAAAUUGGAAGCCAGAUUAGGAAUAGUAUCUUUGAUCGAGAAAUUUUUGAAAUAUGGAAUUUUAGAGGAAUGUGAAUCAGAAUAUAAUACUCCAAUUUUUCCAGUAAAGAAACCUGACGGUAGCUAUCGACUAGUUCAAGACUUACGGGCAAUAAACCAGAUCACUAAGGACAUACAUCCAGUAGUUGCAAAUCCAUAUACCUUGUUAACAUCUGUGAAAGAGAAAUAUAAAUGGUUUACAGUACUUGAUUUAAAAGAUGCCUUCUUCUGCAUACCCCUUGACCAGGAAAGCAAAAAGUUAUUCGGUUUCGAAUGGGAGAAUCCACACAAUGGGAGAAAGGCCCAAUUAACCUGGACACGCCUUCCACAAGGAUUUAAGAAUAGUCCGACAAUCUUCGGAAAUCAACUAGCCAAGGAACUUGAGGAAUGGACUACAAGAGGCAAUAUCGGAAUUCCUCGACAAUGGUAUUUGUUGUUGCAAUAUGUGGACGAUAUUCUGAUUGCUGCUGAGACUCAAGAACUUUGCAUUCAGGUAACAAUUGAAAUAUUGAACCAAUUGGAAAUGAAUGGAUAUAAAGUGUCGAAAAAUAAAGCUCAGAUUGCAUCCACAACUGUGAUCUAUUUGGGAUGCGAGCUUUCUCAAGGACAGCGAAGACUGGGUAUAAACCGUGUACAUGCUAUCUGUGCGAUUUCAGAACCGCGUAACUUACAUGAAUUGAGAUCUUUUCUAGGAAUGGCAGGAUGGUGCAGGCUCUGGAUCAUGGACUAUGGGCUAAUUGCCAAACCUUUGUACGAGGCACAGAAGAAUAAGACCUUGGUGUGGGAAAAGCCACAACGGGAAGCUUUCCAAAAGUUGAAACAGGCUUUAAUGCAAGCACCUGCUUUGGGCCUACCUGAUCUGAGUAAAGACUUUCAGUUAUUUGUACAUGAACGACAGAGACUUGCUCUAGGGGUAUUAACCCAACGGCUGGGAUCUUGGAAAAGGCCCGUAGGUUAUUUCUCUAAACAACUUGACCCGGUAAGUGCUGGAUGGCCGACGUGCUUGCGGGCAGUGGCAGCUACUGUGAUAUUAAUUCAGGAAGUCCGGAAACUGACUAUGGGGAAAAGGAUCGAAGUGUUUGUAUCCCAUAUGGUGACUACUGUAUUGGAACAAAAGGGGGGCCAUUGGCUUUCCCCAAGUAGGAUGAUGAAAUAUCAGGCAAUUUUAACAGAGCAGGAUGAUGUUAUCCUAAAGACAACUAACCUAAUGAAUCCAGCUGUGUUUUUAAGCGCAGAGACUGAAGAAGAAAAUCUGGAACAUGAUUGUGUGGAGGUCAUUGAAUAUACCCACGCAAGUCGACCUGACCUGAAGGAUACCCCAUUGGAGGAGACAGAUUGGGAGCUUUUUACUGACGGCAGUAGUUUUGUGGAAAACGGAGUGCGAUACGCAGGAUACGCGAUUACUACUGCCAAAAUAAUAAUUGAAGCUAAAUCCCUGCCACCAAACACAUCAGCACAGAAAGCUGAGUUGAUAGCCCUAACUAGGGCAUUAGAACUCAGUGAAGACAAAAAGGUCAAUAUUUGGACGGACUCAAAAUAUGCAUUCGGGGUUGUUCAUGUACAUGGAGCUCUUUGGAAAGAGCGUGGACUGCUCUCCUCCCAAGGAGCAAAUAUCAAGUACCAAAAGGAAAUAUUGAACUUGAUCAAUGCUGUUCAAAAGCCAUCACUAGUUGCCAUCAUGCACUGUAAAGCUCAUCAGAGUGGAACAUCGAAAAUUAUUGAAGGAAAUCGACUCGCUGAUCAAACAGCCCGAUCAGUGGCACGACGAGUCUGGAUGAUGGUGGGUCUUGUCUCCCAGAAGGUAAGAGCAAUUGAUUUAUUACCUACACCUUCAGAGGCACCUGAAUAUUCUACGGAAGAUGAGAAAUUGGCAAGACUAGUAAAAGCUGUCAAGGAUAAUUCUGGAUGGUAUGUAACUGCCAAAGGACAAAUUGUGGUGCCAAACACAGUUAUGAGAGGAAUACUUCAGGCAGAGCACCAGAAGUGUCAUUGGGGUGCAGAAGCAUUGGUAACUUAUCUAAGAAAACAAAUUAUCUCAGUCCAGAUGCUAACAAUGGCAAAAUCCAUCACAGCUAAGUGUGAAAUUUGCUUGAGAAAUAAUCCUUUAGUUAAAAGGAAAGUAGAUAUGGGAAAAACUAGGACAGGUGUACAACCAGGGGAUUGUUGGCAAAUAGAUUUUGUGGAACUCCCCAAAACCCGAGGAUUCAAGUAUCUAUUAGUUGGGGUAUGUACUUUUUCAGGAUGGCCAGAAGCCUUUCCUUGUCGCACCAACCAAGCACGAGAAACUGUAAAAUGGUUAUUGAAGGAAAUAAUUCCUAGAUUUGGAGUACCAUUGGGAAUAUCAUCCGAUAGGGGACCACAUUUUGUUGCUCAAGUGGUAAAGGAGGUCAGUAGAUGUUUGGGAAUUAAAUGGGAAUUACAUACCCCGUGGAGACCACAGUCUAGUGGCCAGGUGGAGAAAAUGAAUCAGACGCUAAAGCGACAGCUUAGCAAAAUUUGUCAGGAAGCAAAAAUCCAAUGGCCCCAGGCCUUGCCAAUAGCGUUAUUGCGAAUUAGGAUUAAACCCAGGAGUGGAAUGUCAGUAAGCCCAUACGAGAUUCUGUAUGGCAAACCAUAUGAAGCACCCAAUCCGAACCCAAGUGUACAUGUAUAAGGUAAUCAGGAUGUGUACAAUUAUGUGUUGUCUCUUGGCAGGACAUUGAAUCGGCUCAGAUCUGUAUUAGUGUGGAAUCGCCCACUAGCACUUGAGAAUCCAGUACAUGAUAUAGAGCCUGGAGACACGGUGUAUAUAAAGACUUGGAGAGAAGACCCUUUAAAAGAACGUUGGGACGGACCUUAUCAAGUACUUUUAACUACAUUUACCGCAAUCAAGGUUGCUAAAAUAGACUCCUGGAUACAUUACACCCGAGUGAAGAAAGUUCCAAAACGGUGGCAAUCACAAUUAGUGGGUCCAACCACACUUAAAAUCAUAACGCAGGAUGUCUAAUUUCUAUUACCGCUUUGUGUUUAUAGUAGUUUAUGCACCUAGACUGUAUGCCACACUGAUUUGCAAAGUCACUGGAGAACAAUAAUGCAAAACACGAAGAGCUAUAGGAGAUAGUGAUGAUGCUCAAAUGCCGCAAGUAGUGCAGAGUGUACAGAAUCAGGCAGAGAAUCUGAUGAUAGGAUUAAUUCGAGAUUUUGCACGAACCCAAAAUGCCAGUAGCAUCACUGCUUGCCUUCCCAUUCCGAAAUCGGCCGAGGACCCAAUACAAUGGGGAAUAAUAUCUACAACCUUACCGAGAAUGAAUAAAACUGGUAAGAUAGUAUGUGAAUCUCAUACAAGGCUGGAGCAAAUGCCAACCAAGCAAUGGGUAAAAAGUGGACUUAGAACAGAUAUAAUGUCAAGAGAAAGUUGUAGAAGUCGCAAAGGAAAAAUAGGAGAUAUCAUAUAUGACCUUAAAGGUCCGGUAGAAUUACAAAAGGAAAUAGGAGUAGAGUGCACAUAUGAAAAAUGGGCUGCUAAAAUGGCAUACGAAAAGGUUAAUCGGACCUAUUGGGAAUGUAAAGAUCAGGAUAAUCAGAACAUAACUGAAUCAUGGAAUCACAUGUGGACGCUGAGUAUAGUACAGCAAUAUCAAUAUAGUGAAGCCUUCCCAUGGUGUAUACGAUGGACCAAUGUAACAAGAGGAGUGACAGUACCAUGGUGGAACUGCUCUCGAGUGAUGACCUGCCAGACAGAUGUGAAAGAAAUACCAUUGUCCAUCAUUAAAGUUGCAGUAAUCGCAGGUUGCAUUUGUCAGAAACAAUUAGAUCCAAAGGAAGCAAUCAAAAUAGGCAUUGAUGGAGAUAAGAUAGAUUGUAGAGGAACUAUAGGUAGUGUGGGACAUUUGGUUUGGGCCUUAAGUGAUGGAACCUGGACAACACAUUUACCGAUAGCAGGACCUGUAAGGGAGGUUACUUUGGGGUUACCAACCCUAUGUCCCAUUUGGAAGAAGUCACCCUUGAAGAAUAGGCAAGAACUCCUACAAGUUAGGCACAAGCGAGAGAUGGAUGAAGAUGACGUGUGGCACGAGCCAUCAGGUAGUGUUAAAUUCGGUUGGGCACUAGAAUCUUUCUUUGCACCAAUUGCAGCCUAUAGAAACAGAGAAAUGAUUGACAAAUUAAUUGGACAGAUGGAUCGAUUGGCAAGAAUAACCAAAAAGGGUUUUCGAGACUUCAAUAUACAAUUGCAAGCUACGACCAAAAUGACUUUGCAGAACAGAAUGGCACUUGAUAUAAUGUUGCUAAAAGAGAACGGGGUUUGUGGGUAUUUAAAGGAUAGGGUUGAUCAUUGCUGUAUUCAUAUUCCAAACGUGACAUCUGAAGUGGAGAAAGAUAUUUCCCAAUUAACCCAAACAGAGAAGGAACUGCAAGCGGAAAAACAAGAUGCAGAGCAGAGCUGGAUUGGGGCCUUGCUGGGCAAAUUGAACCUGAACCUGGGAGGAUGGGUAUAUUCGUUAUUGGAAAGUUUAUUUUUGCUUGCUAUUAUAGUUGCUCUUUUCUUUCUGUUGUAUGCUUGUAUUAAACAUCAGAUAAGUCAAUCAAACGCCAGGAAUAACCGCAUCUUUACUGUUCUUAGCAGAUCCACUUUUGACAACCCCCUAGCUUAUAAGGAAGACACAGUAUAAUUAAUGUAGUGAAAAUGCAUUGUCUAAGAAUAGAAAAGCAUUUUCAAAGGGGGGAAAUGUUAUAGUUGAAUUUUGUAGCAUGCGUGUGUUACAAACACCAUUGAAUAACAACACAUCAGUGUUAUAAGCUGUGCUGCUAAGGCUGAAAGUCUCAGCUUGUCCCCUGUAUAGUCCUUACCCAGAACCACGAGCGUGGUUACCUUAUGCUUGCUCUGUACCUUUAGUUAAGACAUUGACAAAUGCUAUUCUGAUUCUGUAGGCUAUAUCCAAGAUUCCUACCUUAUCGUAAAAGCUAUGCAAACUCAUAUUUUAGAGAACUGAAAGUUAGUUCUGUUAGUUCUCAGCAGGUCUUUAUCUUAUCUUGAAAGUGCUGAGAGGGUACAUUUGCUAUCAUCCAAGAAUUUGUAUAAUUUUAUAUGAAGUGCGCAUGUGCAGUGACAAAAGGUGAAAAGUAUACUCGUGAUGAAGACUACUUACUUCAUCCUGAAGACCCCCUGAACGACCACCAGAGGACACUGCGCAUGCUUAGGGUAGUUCCAAGGUGUUGCAACUGAUAUUGUGAAAUAAUUGUGUAACCUAAUGAAUAUGCAAUAUACACGUUGUAACUUUAAUGAAUAUGUAUGUAACCAAAUUGUAUAAAAUGGUGAAGUUUGAAUCAGUGGUUGGAACCAGCUUUGGGUGCGAGCCCCUGGUUUCCCAGCGCUGAAAUAAAGCACCGCAUAUAACUAC